AAUCGUUUCGCAUUUUUGGGCACAGUACAUUUAUUCCUUUGACGGCCUAACCGAGUUUGAUGACGGCUCCAUUAAAGUUUGCAGUAUUGGGAACAGCCAAUAUUGCAAAUGAUGUUAGUAACGCCAUAAGAAGUGCGGGUCAUGUUGUUGAAGCAGUGGCGAGUAGAGACUUGAAUAGAGCUCGAGAGUGGGCAGAGAAACGAGACAUAAAUAAAUAUUACGGUUCCUACCAAGACGCUUUAAACGAUCCAUCAAUUGAUGCUGUUUAUGUCCCUUUACCAACUACAAUUGCGGAAGAGUGGGCUUUAAAGGCAGCAGCACAGAAGAAACAUGUUUUGGUUGAUAAGCCAUUUUCUUCAAGCACAAGUGUGAAACGCAUUGCUGAAGCUUGUGAAGGUCAUGGAGUUGUUUUCCUUGAUGGCACUCAUUUUGUACAUUCUCCAAGAUUGCAGGAAAUGCAGCGGCAGAUAAAGCAAGGCACGAUCGGAAAACUUUUGAAAAUUACUGUUGCGUGUACCACUUUCCUUCCAUCCAAAGAUGACAUUAGGUACAACCCAAGUUUAGAGCCCACUGGUUGUUUAGGUGAUAUUGGAUGGUAUGCUGUUCGUUUUGCUCUAAGUUUUAUAGGAUAUGAGACCAAAGUGUCUUCGGUUUAUGCAAGUGCUUCAAAGACGUCCACAGGUGCCAUUGAAGAUUGUUGCGGUAUUAUCCAUUUUGCAACUGGACAAACGGUGCAUUUUGAUUGCGGCUUUACUUGUGGGUUUCGUCAAUGGGGUGAAUGUGUAGGCGAGAGAGGAACUGUUACUGUUGAUGACUUCAUAGUCCCUUUCUCUUGUGGUGGUUCCUUCUUUCCAAGAAAUCGUAGUAAAUACAACCCAGACCUGAAGUUUAGAAUAAACAAAUUAGCUGUCGAGAAGGAUAAAAAGUUGGAGAUGAUAGAUCCCGUUAUACAGGAGAUAGAGGUUUCGGGGAAUAACAAGUCACAAAGUGCUGCUAUGAUUGAUACAUUCGCUUCAUUAGUGAGGAACGAGACUGGAACGAACCGUUCUAAAUGGACUCGAGAAACUAUCCGUACACAAGAGUUGAUUGAUGCGCUAUUCAAGUCGUGUGAAAAGAAUAAUGUCGUCUAUUUGGAGUGAAACUGCAAUAAAUAGUUCGAGUUUUUCCUUCAGAAAUCUCAAAUUGGUGCGUCUAUGUUUGGAUAAACGUUUCUUGUUAGUU